CUUAUAAACUUCGGUACAUCAAGUUUCAGAAAUGUCAGAACGGUACAUGAGAUUCGUAUCCCGAGCAAAAAUAUGUACUUGGGGUCGUUAGCUCCAUUACGGAGCUUGCCAACUAGCAAUUUUUUAAGGGUAUUUUUGUCAUUUUAUGUCUCAAUCUUCACUAAUCCCAGCCAUGUCCUCACUCCGCCGAUUAACCCAUCUUCUCAUCUUCUUCCUCCUCAAGCCCAUCCACUUGUUCCAACCAGUUUUGAGUCCAAGCCUCUGCUGCCGAACCACUAGCGCUAGGCCACCCACCACCCCUAAUUCUGUUUCGCCACCCAUUUCAAGAAGCAGCAACAUCUCUGAAAGUUCAUCCAUUGGCCAGACUCAGCAGUCGAAGGAUCAGACUCAUCACAUUCAAAAAUGGUGGGAGGAGUAUGGAGUUACUGUUGGUGACGAGUUGGACUAGCUGGAGGAGCAGACACUGCGUAAAAUGGGUAAUUGAAAGAGGCCAUGGAUUGUUUGGCAAUGGAGUCCCAAUUGAGAAUUGGUUGGCACUUUCUCGAGUUGGGGGAUGAGGGUGGAGGCGUCACGGGCACUAUUAGAAAUCCGGAGAAGAGGAAGAGAAGAAGGUAUAGCAGAUUGCAGAUUGGGAAUGAGAUUUGAUGAAUGGUUGGCAUAAAAACAACGAUAUGGGCUUGGAAAAGAAGAGGAUGAGGGAUUGUCUUGGUAGGAAGGAAUUGGACUUGGAAGGAAGAAGAUAUUGACCCGGCAAGAAAAUCCAAAAUCAGAGAGAAGACGAGAAGAGAGCAAAGGCUGGGAAACCAAGUGAGCAAGAAGAAGAGUGAAGAAGAAGAUAAGAAAGAACAGAGAGAGAGAGAGACGAGGAAAAAAUGCUUAGGUAAAAAAAUUAAUUAAAAUAUGAAAUGACGAAAGUGCCCUUUAAAAAUUGCCAGCUGGCAAGCUCCAUAACGUAGCUAACGACCUCAGGUACAUAUAUUCAGUCGGGAUACGAAUCUCAGAUACUGUUCUGACAUUUCUGCAACUUGAUGUACCGAAGUUUAUAAGGUGAGUAUUCUCAAAAGAAAAAAAAAAAAAAUUUAUAAGGUGAGAUAGUUGAGGUACCAUUUGGAUCAAUUUCCAAUUUUUGUAAAGAACGCCGUAAAAGUCAUACUUCUAACAAAAAUUUAAGGCGUGUUUACAAGGCACGCUGUGUCUGCUAUUCCAGUGCGCGAAAACUUGGCCGAAAACUUCCCUCCUUUGUAAAAAAGGAAAAGCCAAUCUGAGAAAAUACUCUUCAUUUCGUCACACCUCACCACGCCUCUCUCCCUCCUCCGUCUGCAAAACCCCCGACGCCUCCGCCUCUUUCUCUUCCGGCCUCUGCCUCUGCCUCUCCAUCAACCUCAAUUUUCUCUUGAGGGAUCUGUAGGAACCCAAAGCAUCAAAUUCGUUCACCAGGAUUGUCUCCUUCAGUCGCGCUCAAUCUCCGUAAUGCUUCCCGAUGCGAGAUUAGGGUCUUGUAGUUUGGAUUGCAUUGGAUCUGCAUAUUUAAUCUCAGAGGGAAGUUCAAAUUCUCCUGAAGCACCUGCUAGUAUAGGAACUCAAGAUGCAACAAAUUCGGAAAUUUCAAACAGAAAACCUAGAGGUAAGGCAAAGGCAUUGGACAAAGGAAAAGUAAUAGAACCUGUUGAAGUCGAAUUCAAUGAAAGAAGUCAGCCUUACGGGAAACAUGCAGCUAGAUUUGCUACUUUCCUUGGUGUCACAGCAAGAGAACUAGUGCCAUUAACAAUUCCCUCCUGGACUGGGAAAGCACUCUCAGAUGAAUUCAAAACUGAAAUCUGGAAACACAUCACUACUUAUUACAUUGUGGACGAGUGUCACAAGAAAGUAAUUUUUCAAAGAAUGUCUAAGCUUUGGCGAGAUCAUAGAAGCUUGACAUUAAAAGAAGUAAUGAAGCAAGCUGAAUUGGUAGGCCUACAAACAGCUGCUGCCAUGUGCAAACCUGAUAAUAUACAUUCUAUGGAUGAGUGGUUAAGGUUUAUCAAAUCCAGGAUGACUCCAGCGUUUAUGGAAAAGUGUGAAAAGUUUAGAAGGAUGAGAGAACGAAAAACUUUACUUCAUAGGACAAGUAGAAAAAGCUUUGCCUGCAUUGAGGAUGAAUUGAAGCAAAAGUGUGACAAACCUGAUUCAAUAACAAGGUGUGAUGUGUGGCUUCAUGCUUAUGAAGCAAAGAAGAAGGAUUCAAGUGAAUAUGUUGAAGAUCCAGAAGUAGUGAAACAAGUCAAACAAAACAUGGCAGAACAAGUGACUUCGCAAACUCAUUCUGUCAACGAUGAUGCUGUUUCUAAAGUUUUAGGACCUGAUCGACGAGGGCGAGUACGUGGAUAUGGAUUUGGAGCACUUCCUUCGAAGGUAGAUGGUCAAACAUUUGUGGGUAACAAAGUUACUAUGUUGGAGAAUGCACUAUCUGCUACUUCACGAGAGCUGCAAGGGUUGAAGAUGAUGGUAAAAUAUCUUUUAGCUCGAUCAGACGAAGGAGAGAAGAAGAAUGAAACCAGCAGUAGUGCUCAGCAUUCUGCCACUGCGAGUGCAGAAAGUAAAAAAAUAAAUGCAACUGUUAGAAGUUCUAAUAAUGAUAGAGCAGAGAGCAAGAAAAGAAAACUUAAAGAUGGUAGAGUUGGAGGUUCUGAACAAGAAACAAGCAAACAGAGUAAGCAAAAGACACAUGCAAGUAUUCUGUCAACAGCAAAAGAACAGGAAGGUGGAAGUCAAGUAAUGUUUGUUCCUUCAAUGAAAAAAUUGAACUUGUUAAGUUGGUUGGAUAAAGAUGAAAAGAUUGUUGCAACUGCUGACCUUCACUCAGAGGAUCCAAACGAGAAAGUACAUAGUGUUCCUCUUGGUCCUGGCUGUUGGAAAGUUUGGGUGCGCGAAGUCUCUCAUGACAUAGCUUUGUUUCGGCCAACCCAAGAGUUCUGUACGCUUGCUGCAGCUAAGGGAAGCACAGUGGCUUGGCCCAUAAACUUCAUCAAGUUACUUUAAAAAUGUGGCUAUUCGAGGCUUCUCACUCUUCCAGAAACUCCUACAUGUGAUCUGGAAUGCAGUUCAUAGAUUCAAUGUGAAGUAAAGUGCAGUUAUGGUCCUGGAAGUUUGAAGUAUAUGAUCAUGAACUUACCACAACGGUUUCAGUUGAAGUGCAGGUUGGGUGGUUUGUGUAUAACUAUGAAAUUUGUGGAUUCAUGACUAUAGAAGCUACAUUUGUGGACUUAAGUUUAUUUAAUGGAAUUGCUACAUUUGAAAUUGUGAAUAUAAUUUAAGUUGAUCAAUAUAAUGGAUAAUUUUAUGAAA